AUCAUCGUCGCUAGCUCAGCUGGUGUCCCAUCGUGUGCGAAUUCGCCUUAGAGUCGUCCAUCCGGCAACCUUACACUUGUUCUCUCGCUCAUCGCAUUCACUUGCUGUGUUUGGGACCUUACGGAAAAGAUAUAUCGCGUCGAUUGUGUCUUUCCCGGAAGCAUUUAAUCAAGAACUGAGCUUUUGGCAGGCCAGAUAUUGAGAACAUUUGCAAAAGGCCAGUCGAGCCAUAGUAUCCUGCUGAGGGACGAAGAAUUCGAACCCAACCAGAUUGCGCCUUUGUCAACAUACAAUAGCUAACUCAGAUUUUCUGGAGAGACCAACUCCUGAACGUGUGGUCCGUUCCAUAGAGCCCUUCUCGCCAUGUUAGCCAUACUGUCGCAACUGCUUCAAGUUUCCAUUACUCCGAGUUCUCCUCGAACAAGGGCCUCAGGCUCCUCUGUUACUUCUAACCUUCCUCCAGAGCUCAUUUUGGAAAUCAUCAAACCUUUCACUAGCAUCGAACGCUUCAUCUACAAAAGAUUGGAGUAUACUCAACAUGGGACUCGAAGGCGAACGGAUGCAGAGUUGUUAUGGGCGCGAACAACAUUACAGGCUGCAUGCCGAGUGUCGCGCAGUUGGAACAAAGUCGUAACACCGCUGCUGUACAAGCACGCCACGUUGGCUACUCCCGAGCAAGUUCGCCUCUUUUUCAGGACUCUGAGGAAACGUCAAUGCUCAAUUGAGCUCGUGGAGGAGAUAAUUUUGGUGGAUCACAGAAGGUUAUGGAGGAAGGGACUAUUUCAAUACACAGACACUUGUAAUCGCCGUAUCUUGGUUCAGAUGCGCAAGGACGUUCGCUCCAUCCUCUCUAUCUGCCGUGGCAUUCAGGGCUUCACCUUCAAUUACAACCGCCUAUCCGCGUUCGUAUCUGUCAGGGAUGCCAUCGUGAAUAAUUGCCCUAUUAACCCGAACCUUCGAUACAUGGUCAUCGACCAUUCGAAUAUCGAUUCCUAUGAUAAGAGUCCUCUUGUCCCCCAUCUUUGUCAUCUUGAGUCCAUUUGCUAUCAUUACUUUCCUUGUCUUGAUGGCCAAUACCUAAACAAAUUCCCUGCACUCAGAAGUUUCCAGUUCGCUCACAGCCAUUGCAAAAUGGAUCCGGUCGAUCUGACAAAGUCUCUGGCAGAGUUGCAGGCAUUGCGCACAUUGGCACUGUAUGAUGUCACAUUCGGACCUAACAGCUGGUAUUUGGACCUGACAACUGCGCUCUCAUAUCCGCAAGAUCUUCAAUGCAUUCAUGUGGUUGGAGAGCAUGGAAUGCGGAUCAUGGAAUCCUGGAUUAGGGCGGGACAUUUGAAAGGCAUCCAGACGUUGGUCCUUGGCCCUGUAGAUCCCGGUCACGACUUCCUGUUGACCUGGGACUUCCCAGAGCAUCUGACUAGUUUGACCAUCCUCAUCCCUUGUGCAGCCGCCGUUGGCCCGCACUCUGCCACCACUUGCAGUUCUGCUGCGGUCAUCUCACGCUGGUUCAAAUGGAAUUGCCGGUCUGGGUCAGCACACGACAACUUGAAGCAUAUUGAAAUCGUGUUGGUGGAUGACCCUGGGUAUCAUGUGCCGGUUGAUACGGCCACUAUCAUGGACCAGGGUCUCCGUCCAAUAAUCAAUGAGAUUCGUAAACAUUGCUCCAUCCUUAACGUUUUCCUAGAACUUCGCCCUACUACAGUUGGUAUCGAUAAUUGGAUCGGCGAUACUCUGAACCGAUGGAUGGUGUGAAGAAUCGACUCAGGCUACAGUUAGGCAUCUGAACCUCUUCGUGUAUCUGCCAGGAUUGUACGAUCCGAUUCGAAAGCUCUCCCUGAAGACACCUUUUUUCACCAGAGGUGAGGCUUUAUAGCAACUUUGUAGCGUUGAACGAUGUCACUUCGGUUUUCAUUAUCGCGGUGAUAUUCGGUCAUGAUAUUUUUAUUCUGACUGCUCAUAUCUUGUAUUAUAUUGCCUCGGGUGGAAGUGAUUCUUGAUCCAUUGAAGUGGCAAUUCAAGUCGGCGAGGCCUUCGACAGAAGUCCUCCAGGAGAUACAUUGACACUCUAUUUCGUUGCCUGUUUCGUUCACAGACCGCAUCAUUGCUCUUCACCAGACUACUUUGUUUCCAGCUGCUUCUUGCCUCUUUUUCUCCGCAAGAAAGAAUUCGACAGCAUACUGAGAGUCC